AUGGCCGGGAACAGCCCUAGCAUACCGCUCAUCACAGCUGACGAUGGUUGUAGCCUGGCCGGCUUCCAGCUGCUUCUCGACCAUGACCGACCGAAACCAAAAGACAGUGCUCUCGAGUACAAUGCCGAAGCCAUGCAGGCCAGAUUGGAGUACGCUCGUGCUUUGAAGCUAAGACGCAACAUCACGCCAAGACAGCUUGCAUUUGCGAAGAAAUACAAGUCAGCUACUUCAAACGCCCUGCAAGCCAGCCAAGAUCUCCGGGCCACGGCGCGGACACUUGUAGAUGCAUACCAAGCAGUGUUUGAGCUCGACAAGUGGGCCGCUAAAAACGAAUUGGCAUUUGUGAUACCAUCAGCGCUUGCUGUGGACCUCGUGAGAAAUGCGCGCAAGCUGAAGCAGACCCAAUUCUAUUAUCGAUACGGAGAUUAUAUCAAGCAACAACUGAAAGCAGGCAAAGACGUUGUCACGGAAUCUCAGCAGAGUCAUACACUAGAUACGGAUGCUCAGCGAGCGUACUGGACCGAGGUUCAGGAGAAGAUUGUGGUGGAGGACUCACGCGAUGGCCCCACGCCUGUCACAACUGCACUCUUUCUGGUCGCGGAAACAAUGGGCAUUGAUUCAUGUUGCCUGAUCCGCGCCUGUAGAAUGUAUGUUGAGAGAGAUCCGCGAUUCCGUUCUGCACUGGAUGAGAUAUUUGCAAGCAGCGCCAUGGUCAAGAUUGCAUGCACUUUGUACAACGAUCUCAAAGACCUUGAGUCCCUUUUCCCUGCGGAGGACGACGAGGAUCCCCAGAGAGCCCGGGAUAUGAAAAUUCUCAAGGCUAUGAUCACAGCUUGGACAUACGCCUUCUUCACCUUCGAGGAGAGGCAGAAAGAUCAACCUGAAUCGUGGAGACCUACGGCGGAGGCCAAAAAGCUUUGGGAAGAGGCGAUCAACCGGCAGCACACAUUUGAGGCCCUUAGCAAGACACUCGAAAUGCAAAAGAAUAGCCUCGAAGAACAGCGCAGGUAUGUUCAGACAGCUUUGUACGAUAUCGGACUUGAGAAGAGAACAUCGCUGGAGCCGAACUCAGACGACGCCGAGGGUGGCACGAGACAAGAUCCCAAUUUCCACAGGCUGACGGCCAACCCGAAGAACAAGAAACUUAUAGAGCGGCUUUUGGUUGGGGCACGCGAAUCCUUGGAAGGUCGACUCAGAGCCCUCGAGGGGUGAGUUGCACUGAAGGAUGGAUGGAAAUGUCAACAAUGAGUGUGCCAAACAAGUCUUGCGAUGAGAGAUGGAAUGGAUUUCUUCUGCAGGCGCUUCAGACGCCUCAGACCACGACGAGCGGUUGACGAAUGUCUCGACUUUGUUUCUCCAUCAUUUUCGAAUCGACCUCUAUGGCUGUGUAUUCGGCCUGCCUCUAGAAACCCCUCCGAAAGGCAUUCCCGGCUGCUCGAAGGUGGUCUGUCAUUCGGUCGGAAAUUCG